AUGAAUUUUCUUCAAAGUUUAGGGAGAGAACUGAGAUGUCGAAGACUAUCCCAUGGAGCUCCAUUGGAUGAGGCUCACCAUUUAGUACUUUGA